CGGAUAGUGGACUGGGCUAUGAGAAUGCACUCCUACCGGGGGAUACUGCAGAACGUGAAGCUACAUUUAAAUCUUAAUCUUUGACAACGUUUACGAUUAAUUAUGAAUGAGUGCAGUUUAUUUUGAAGUCCUGUUCUGUCGGGUUGUCCGCUUGCGUCUCGGAGCAGCUUCGCCGUGUUGGAGCGUGGAUGCCGUGAUAUUUUCUGACCCCUAUUUUACGGAAGUGGUGCGCUCCGCCCGUGGGUGCAGGUCUAGCCAGUCUACGGAGAUGGCACAUCGUUAUCUGACUAAGCGCAGUGGGACGGUCGCGCUCUGGCUCCGAUAUUAGACCGGUUAUCGGUAACUGAAUGACGGAUAUUGGAGGACGUUAUUACGAGUGUAAAGUUGCCGUGUUAGUCUGUGGAUCACCAGUAUUGUCGGUGUCCGUAUACGGGACCACCGGUCACGAGCAACCUGACAGCGCGAGCCUCCGAUGACAACCUAUGAUGCAGAGGAACGUGCACUUCGCGUGUUUGGGAAUGAGAGAUGCGAACUAAGAAAGGACAACGGGGAGAAAACAGUCCAGUGACGUCGCAGUUCCUUCUCUGCUUGAUUUCUAUCGAUUAACAAAUUCAAGGCGAUUUGAACUGGUCUGGUGGACAGACCAUAAUGAUCAUUCACCUCACGUCCAGCCUCGCGGCGUGAAGAGGAGCAGGGUUCCGCAUGUUUCUGAGAGAACGAAGCUAUAUUGACAAAUCAUUUGACUUUUUUGUAGCUUUUCUCUCUACCUUGCCAUCAGCUUUCUCAGUCUCAAGUUCCGCCACAGGCUAAAGCUAUUUUUAUCCAUCAUUAAUUCAUUUAUCAAGCCUGAGGGCGAGCGUUGAGACCACAUGGUGGCUUGUUUGUUUGGGUCAGUAUUGAAUCCGUCAUCCAGAAGGACAUGUGAGGGCGAGAAACACGGAUGUUACGUGUUACUGGUCACACCUGGACUGGUCCGAUAGCCAAAGCUGUUCUCACUUGAUGGUGAUAUGGGUUCAUUUUGACUAAGUAUUUGAGAAGAAUUAAAUUCAAAAUAAUUCCAGAUUAUUUCAAGGGGAGAAGCUUAACAGCAACAUGGUGUUAUGUCAUUUCUGAGGUGGAAAUGGAGGUCCUGUAGAACAUAGUAAACCGAAAGGACUAAAACCACAUACCCGCCCACCAACCCCACCACCAUCAUCACCACAGCAACUGCGGAAUGUUAGACGUGAGGAUGAAGGAGUUGUGUCGUAUCUGCGCCCGUGAGCUCUGUGGUAACCAACGCCGCUGGAUCUUCCACCCGGCGUCCAAGCUCAACCUGCAGGUGCUGCUGUCUCACGCACUGGGCCGCGAGCUGACCCGAGACGGCCGCGGGGAGUUCGCCUGCUCCAAGUGCGCCUUCAUGCUGGACCGCAUGUACCGCUUCGACACGGUGAUCGCCCGCGUGGAGGCGCUGUCCCUGGAGCGUCUGCACCGGCUGCUCCAGGAGAAACACCGGCUCAGCCACUGCAUCGGCGGACUGUACCGGAAGACUAACGGGGAGGAGGGGGGGGGUCGCGGGGGGGGGGGGCCGCCGGCCGUGGACGGGGUAGUGGACAUGACAGGUUUGACCCACGCCAAGUACUGCGCCCUGCUGCAGGAUGACCUGGUGUACUCGCUGUACGAGUCCUGGGCGGAGGAGGGGCUGGAGGUCGGAGGUCACCACCCUCAGUGUCCGGUAGGGUCGGAGGUCACGGCGGGGUCUCAGCCCUACGGGGUGGGGGGGGGCGCCCCCCGGAGGUGCCGCGGCUGCUUGGCGUGGCGCGUGGCGGACGCCGACUACGAGGCGGUCUGCAAGGUGCCCAGGAAGCUGGCCAGGAGCAUUUCCUGCGGGCCGUCCACGCGCUACUCGAGCGUGAUUGGUGGGAGUGUGAUGGGGGGCGGGAGGGGGAAGGAGGAAGCCUCCGAGGAGCCUCCGUCCUCCCUCACGUUGGUCCCCGGCUCCAAGCCCCCCUCGCGGGCCUCGGACAGCGAGCGCACCCUGGUGGGCAGGGCCAGCUCCAGCCCUUCCAUGGAGUCCCUGGAGGCGGCCGGAGAGCUUGCCCACAUGCCUGCCUCCAGGGACGGACACAGGGGGCCAGGGUUCCACCUGGAGGUCCAGGAGGACCAGGCCUCGGACUGCCUCUCAGAGGAGCCCCUGGGGGGCCACACGAGGCCCUGGUCGAGGCCCGGGUCGGCCUCCCGCCUUUCCCUGACGCUCUGCUUGGCCCACAGCUGUGCUGUGUACCGGCCAGUCCUCAGCCCCAAGGGGAGCAGGCUCCCAGUGCUGCAGCGCCUGAGCCCCAGCAACGGAGCUCCCCGACUGGGCUUCCCUGAGCCGGAGCUGGGGCUGGCAUACGGAGGUCUGGAGGGGGCAGGGGAGAUCCACUGUGCUGUGGCCGAUCUAGAGGCCCCCCUGAUCAGGCUGGAGGGGGGUCUGGAGGGGGGUCUGGACCAGGCGGACAUGGAGGACCUGUGGGAUGAUGUGUAUGCAGAGUGCCCCCCGCCACCCCCCCACCAGACCCUGAUCGAGGAGCAGCAGAACCAGCUGGACCAGUAUGAGUGUGCUGCGGGCCAGUGUGUGUGUGAGCUGCAGAAGGCCCAGCAGCAGGUCCAGUCUCUCCAGAACAAGAUCCACGAGAGCGAGGCCAACAACACGAAGCUACAGGAGAAGCUGGCAGAGAUGGAGGUGGAGCUGAGGGCCGUCCGCCAGGCGGCCCAGCAGCAGGAGAGAACCAUCCAGGGGCUCAGUGACUCUGUCAGCACCAGGGACAGCGAGGCCCAGGAGCUGUACCAGGUGAUAGAGGGGCAGAACGCCACCUUGUGUAAGCUGAGAGAGAUGGCUCAUCGCACACAGGUCACACACACACAGUCCCAGGCUCCAGAGGGGGGUGGUGAGGCUGGCAUGGUGACCCGGCUCCAGGCUGAGCUAGUGGGGGUGCAGAGCUCCCUGUUCUCCCUGGGUCUGGAGCUGGAGGCGGGGCAGCGCAGCCUGAGGCAGAGCCAGAGGCAGGCAGAGGACCUGGGCCGCACCAGGGACAGGCUCUCCUCCGACCUGCAGGAGGCGCUGCAGCACCGCCAGGUCACCCAGAAACACAACCAGGAGCUGUGUGCAGCGCUGCAGCAGGGCUCCAGAGAGCAGCAGGAGAGAGAGAGCACCCUGAGGGAGAGAGAAGCAGAGAGUCUCUCCCUGCUGCAGGAGAGAGACCGCAGCAUCACCCAGCUCAAACAGGCCCUGCAGGACAAGGAGAGACAGCUACAGGAGUGCUGUGCUGAGCAGGACUCUGUGACCAGGCCCAGAGAUGCUCUCCUGGAGAGACUGAGGGAACGCAUCAAGGAGCGAGACACAGCCCUGGAGAGGUCCAUCGAUGAGAGGUUUGUGUGUGUGGAGGAGAGGGAAGUGCAGGUGAGGAGGCUGCAGACGGCUCUGAGGGACAAGGACAGAGACCUGGAGAGACUUCACAGCAUCCUGACUAACAACGAGGACACUAUCACGAGCCUGGAUGCCCUGGUGCACAGUAAGGAGCUGGACUUAGAGAAGUCAAGUGAAGCCUUCAGGAACCUGCAGGGGCUGAAGACUCAGGAACAGGAGACACACACACACGCCCUCAGAGAGAGAGACACACUCAUUACACAGCUGCAGAACGCCCUGGACACACACAGUCAGGAGACACAGGAGCUGAGGGCCCGCCUGCUGACCCAGACCCAGGCUGGGCCCGGGGGCGUGCUGGACGAGCUAAAGGCCAGGCUGCUUCUGAAGGAGCGUCUGUUCCAGGAGCUGGUGUCGGACCGCGGGCGCCAGGCCCAGCUGCACCAGGCCCAGACCCAGGACCUGCUCAGCACCAUCAGCACCAGGGACCUCAGCCUCCAGGACUGCUCUGAUAGGCUCUCGCAGGUGAUCGGCGAGCGCACCACCCAACUGCAAGAGCUGCGCCGGCAGCUGUCGUCACGGGAAUGUGAGCUGGGCGAGCUGAGGAGGGAGAGAGAGAGGGAGGGAGGAGAAGAGAGGGAGAGACUGCAGGGCCUGCUGAAGGAGAAGGAGGCCUUCAUACAGGAGCUGUUGAAGAGGCAGGAGGGAGUGAUGAGCCCCUCCUCACCAGAGGGGGCAGCAGAGCGCCUGCAGGACGAGCUGCAGCUGCUGGUGAAGAAGGAGAGGGAGGCCCAGAGGGAGCUCUCAGCCCUGCGGGGCUCUCUGGUCCAGCUCCAGCAGCAGGCCCUGAAGCAGGGGGCUAGAUUUGAGGGCCUGGCCCAAGGAGCUGCCACCAAGGACAGCAUGGACCACCAAAGUGUGUUGGAGCAGCUGGUGUCAGAGUACCACUGUCUGAACCAAGCUCUCAGGGCAGAGAAGAAACUGUACCAGAGUCUCUCACAGCUCCACACUGGAGGAGACAGCCAGGAGAGGACCCAGGCCCUGCAUACUGAGCUGGAUUCUGUGCAGGCGCUGCGCGGGCAGCUAGAGGAGGUCCUGGCGAGGACCCGCAGCACGGCCCUGGCACUGGAGCGGGCGUCCGGGGGGCCGGACGGGGGGCCGGAGGGGGCCGGAGAGCUCAGCACGGAGGAGGAAGAGGAAGGAGAUGAUGAAGAUGGCAGCAGUGAUGAGUUCACAGACAGCAUCGAGGACGAUGAGGCCAGAGUUAGCUCCAGAACUCUGAUCUCCUCUCAGGUAGGGGGCGUGUCUGAAGGGCCAGGGGCCGCGGUGCCGACCCACAAGUCCGAGCGGCCUGGGCAGGUGAAGGUGCUAGAGGAGAUGGACCCCCUGCUGGAACACACAAGGAGUGAUCUGAGAGAGGAGGCCCUGAGAGAGGCCAGAGAGAGACCAGGGGGGCUGAGGCCGGGGCUGGGAGGAAAGCAUCGAAGCAGGCUGAGCUUGGAGGAGGAGGAGGAGGACAUGGAGGAAGAUGAGAUGGAGGAAGAGGAGGAUGUGGGAGGAGCCUCUCGUGGGAAGCGUGGCGCCCCGUGUGUGAGGCUGAGAGAGGGGCAGAGCCUAAAGAGACGCUGCACACGCCCACACUCCCUGGACCUGGGCACCCUGCUGUCCCACCGCCAGGAACACACACGCACAGAGGCGGGGCCUGGCGAGGUGGGUGGGUUCUGGCGGCAGGUGGAGGCGGGGCUUCGUGAGCAGGCGAGCCGUCUGCGUGCUGAUUUGGCGCUGAGCCGUCAGGAAGGGAGAGAGCUGCAGGAGAGGCUCAUGGUCUCCGAGGCAACCGUCCACGCCCAGGCAGAGCAGCUGAAGGACUACAGAGAGCUGCUGACAGAGACCUCCGUGCCCCAGGCCAGUAAGCAGGUGCAGGUGGACCUGCAGGACCUGGGAUACGAGACCAGCGGACGCAGCGAGAACGAGGCCGAGAGAGAAGACACUAGCAGCCCCGAGUUUGAUGAUCUGGAGAUGUGCACAACCCUGUCCCACCAGCAGGACUUCGAGGGCGGGGGCUGGUACCAUGGCGACGGCAGUGUGGGAGGGGCCUACGAGGAGGGGGAGGAUCCGGGGCCAGACUCUCUCCAGCAGUUGGUGGAGGACUUGCGUUCUCAGCUGAGCCGCUGUCACAAGGUGAUCCGCGGGCUGCAGCUACGGGUCCGCUCUCUCUCCUCCACCAGCGACUACACCUCCAGUCUGGAGAGGACCCCCCGCAAGGUUAACUGGGCCUUCGAGGCUUCCCCUGCGGCCAGCGGCCUGGAGGAGGAUGAGGGCUGGGCCUCGGACAGCCUGGGGCCUCGCCUGGAGCCCAAGCCCAGCCGGGAGCUUCGGGAGCUGGUGUCCCGCGUGGCCUCACUGGAGGCCCAGCUCAAGAGCUCCAGGCUGGACGGGAAAGGAGGCCUGGCGGAGGAGGAGAAGUGUGCUACCUGGCCUGGAAAGUACAACACUCUGAUCCAGGCGCAGGCUCGCGAGCUGUCACACCUGAGGCAGAGGAUGAGGGAGGGCAGGGGGGUGUGCCACAUCCUCACCCAGCACCUGGGAGACACCACCAAGGCCUUCGAGGAGCUGCUGAGAGCCAACGACAUAGACUACUACAUGGGGCAGAGCUUCAGGGAGCAGCUGGCCCAGAGCUCCGCCCUGGCUCAGAGGGUGGGCACCAAGAUCAGCGGACGCGAUCGAGCAGAACUCCAGGAUGACAAGAUGGGCCACGAGCUGCUUGCUCUACGGCUGAGUAAGGAGCUACAGCAGAAGGAUAAGAUCAUCGAGUCUCUUCACACCAAGCUGCAGCAGCGACCGGACACACCCUCCAGCUGCCACGCCCUCUCCCAGACCACCGACCAAUCGGACAGGACCUCCUUCGUGUCGGACGAGUGUCGGACCAAUGAGGAUCUGGAGCUGUGCUCGGAUGUGGAUGCCGCCAGCGAAUACCAGGAGGAGCAGAGGCAGGGGGCGGGACAUGGAACUAGAAGUGCAGACCUCCGCCCAUCCCUCCCUCCAUCCCAUGGUCUUAAGUCCUCCAGCAGCUGUCCAGCAUGCUUUGCUCUGCCCCCCAUCCUGGCAUACCAGUCCAACAGAGACCUCCUCUCCGGCCCUGUGUCCUGCUCCCUCCCCUGGCCUGCCCCGGCCCCUGAACUCUGGGGUCAUCGUGUGACCUUUGACCCCCAUCCCAGGGCCAUCUCUGUCACUGCUUCUCGGCAGGAGUUGGACACCUUGCACAGACAGAUGAACCAGAGCUUCGCGUCGCCUCACGUCAAGACCUUGUCGACGCUCUCCUCCCCCGCACACCCCGACCCCUCCCACUACAGCCCUGUUUCCCAUCAUGCAGUUCAGCAGUACCAGCUGGGGUAUGGCUCCUUGAAGCCCCACACUGGCCUGGCCACUGGUGGUGCAUUGUGGGAUAUGGAGAACAUGCUGCAGCCAAUCAAAAGCUUCUCUGAGUCAGGAUACCACUCGGGAAGUAACCACACAGGGGUGGAGCUGAUGGAGGAGCACCUGCGGGAGGCGCGGUGUCUGCGGCAGCGUCUGGAGGAGUCGAUCAGGACCAACGAGAGGCUCCGUCUGCAGCUGGAGGAGAGACUGGAGACUGGCACAAGACGAGAUGGAGGCGCUCCCACCAACAUCUACAUCCAGGGUCUGGACUCUGUCAGCCAGCUGUCUAACGAGGUGCGGCUGCUGAAGGAAGAGAAGCUGGCUCUACAGGGGCGCCUGCAGGCCAACGCAGAAGCGUGUGAGGAGGCGGGGCGUCUGCGGGAGGCGGUGCUGGCGGGCCACGCCCGUCUGAAGCAGGCUGAGCUGGAGGCGGGCCAGUGGCAGGAAGAGCUGCGGAGGCUGCAGGCCCACAGCCAGGAGCAGAGCCAGCACAUCCACACCCUGAGGCUGGACAGACAGGCCGGCCAGGAGAGGAACCACAGGCUCCAGCAGGAGGUAUCUCUGCUCCAGCAGCAGCUGGGGGAGAACAGAGAGCUGCUGCUCUCCCUGCAGAGUGAGCUGCAGGUCUACGACCGUGUGUGUGCCAAGGGCAAAGGCUACCUGAGUGAGGGCCAGCUGGGAGGGGCUGAGCUGGGGGAUCUUCUGGGGGAGGUGAGGAACCUGAGAGCCCAGCUGCAGAACAGCCUGCAGGAGAACAGCGCCCUCAAGCAGCUGGAGCUCCACAAGCAGCUGGAGCAGAGACUGGGAGGAGGAGGAGGAGGAGGGGGAGGAGGAGGGGGAGGAGGGGGGGGGGAGGAGGAGGGGGGAGGAGGGUCGCCCCGGACCCCCUCCCUCCCUACCCUCACCGCCAGCCCCCAGAGAGACAGCUUCUACAGGAGACAACUGCUGCAUGACCCGGCCCCGUCACCCCCGGUCAGGGACAUAGGCCUGUUUACCUGCGGGUCUCCCUACGUGGCGCCCCCCUUCGGUGGCCCCCCCUACGGUGCCCCCCCCUACACUGGCCCCUACCCUGACCUGGAGGACAGCCACAGCACAGUCAACGACCCUCUGGACCCCCACUCUGACCUGGAGGGGGAGGCGCCAGACGGCUCGUUCUCCAACCCUAACGGGCGCCACGCCGUCGGCCACGUGGACGACUUCAGCUCCCUGCAGCAGCAGGUCCUGGAGGGGAGGAGCCUGGUGCAGCGCAUGGAGACGGCUCUCAGCCAAUCACUGGUGGAGAGCGGCCAGGAGCAGGCCCUGGACUACGUGUGUGUGAGGAGUCUGCUGUCAGACACUAGGACCCUGAGGCAGAUCCUGGAGGAGGCGGUGUCUCUGCUCAGGAUGUUCUGGAGGGCUGCCCUGCCCAGCUCAGAGCGCUCCCUUCACAUCCUGAAGAAGGAGAGAGGCCUUCAGGAGGAGCUGCUGUCUCUGACGCUGCGCAUGGCGGAGAAGGAGGAGGUUCUGCAGGAGACCGUGAUGAGACUGAGGAGCACCAGCAGAACCAAGGAGAGCAUGGAGCACUUCAUCGUCAACCAGCUGUCUCGGACUCGUGAUGUGCUGAAGAAAGCCAGGACCAACCUGGAGAAGAACGAGCUCAGGCUCUCCUCUCUCAGCUCCUCCUCCUCCCCCUAUUCUGGUAACAGUUAGCCUUGUCCUGGGCCCUGGUUCUGACCCCUAACCCCUGUCCCCUGACCCCCCUAUAUUCAGACCAACUGCUCUGCUGGUACUUAUUGGGAGGGAUGUGUCAAAAAUCUCUCGACACUGUUAGAUGUCCCUGCUGUCCGACAAUAUUAACCUAUCCUCUUUGGGGUUUCGGAUUGUGGAGACGUUUAUAGCUAGAACCCAAACCAGGGGCAGGUUCUACCAGGACUGGGGUUCUACCAGGGCUGGGGUUCUGCCUGUUUUGGACAUGCUGUGACAUCACUGCUUCACCAUCCGCCUAUUCACUAUCGCCAUGGAGUCCAAAUAUAACUGUUUGUUCACCUAUUCAACAGAGUCCAGAUAUAACUGUGUUUACCUAGAAACCCCCCUCAUGUUAGACUAGCAGGAGCCAGUGGGGCCACGAGGCCCUGGACAGGUCCUACCACUGGGGCCUCCCACACUCUGCAUGCCUACGGCCUAGUUCCAUACUGUGUGUGUGCCGUCCUUUCAGUGGCCUCGCAAGCAGGUUCCUCUAGGACAGGGUUCAGGAACAGUCCUGUCCUUCAACGGCCUCGCAGUCGACUGCGAUCAUGUCAUGAACACGCACACACACACUUCACCCAGCGAC